UUCCAGGGAUGUCCUAAGCAUUCUUAUUUGGCGUUGUCAAACGAUUUUGUUGUAUUUUCUGCCAAACAACUCUUGUUUUUAUUUUCUUUUUUUUUCUCUCUUCUAUCCCAAUUAAAUAAAUAUCUUCAAAUAGUUAAUAAAAUAAAUAACAAAUCAAAAAUGAGUUUAAUAGACAUACAAAUCCAGUCGCAACAAAACUACACAGAUUGCUUCAAUUUUGACGAAAUGAAUAUCCUCCUUGCCAAGGACGAUUACAUUGAAAAACGAUGCGGAGAAAUAUUCAUGUCCCAUUGCAAAGUUUUACUUUUCUUCUGCAGCGAAUGCAAAGAAAAGUUUCCCAGCUAUGAAGAAUUCUUCAAUCAUUUAUGCGAACAACAUGUCUCACUCGAAGAUGAACUCAAAUACGAACCCAAAGAUGAAGAUCUACUUGAUGUAGAAUAUUAUGAUGAUGACAAUCUUAUUGUCGUCAUGGACAAUGACCAAGAAGACGAGGAUGAUGAUGUGAAACCGAUUAUAACAUCAACUUCUCCAAAAGAUGCCAUCGCUAAAGAAGUUCUCUCACAAGAUACAAUUUCGCAGGAUUACGAUAUUUCACAAGAUGAAGAUGAACUUUCGAUAGACAUUUUGCAAUGUUAUGAAGAUAUUGAAGAGUACGAUGCUGCCACUCAAGUUGAAUCGGAAGAUGAAAAUAGAAAAGAAACAUUCCUCAACGACUUUUCCAAAUUUCUUGAAAAAGACUACCGAGACAUUGCCGAAUGCGAACUGAAACAAGAAAACGAGUCAACAGAAUCGACAGCUGCGAAUCUGCAGCCAAACGAUGACCCUUUUGAUUUGGAUUCUCUGACCGAAGAUGCACGUUGUUUUGAGUGCAAACAAUGCGACAGAGUAUUCGAUACUAGACUUAAUCUAAGAGAUCAUGCCAAAACUCAUGCCAAGGAUCGUAGGUACAAGUGUCACGUCUGCGGGUUCGCCUUCACCCAGCAAUUCAAUUUGCGAUCUCAUUUAAAGCGCCAUAACGGUCAAAAGCCAUUUCCCUGCAAUCAGUGUGACAAAAGAUUCAUUACCAAAAAUGAAUUAAAAGCACACGUUCGAAUUCACACUGGCGAACGGCCGUACAUUUGUGAGAUUUGUGGAAAUGGAUUUGUGACGUCGGGGUCGCUUAAUGAGCAUAGAAAACGGCACAAUAACAUUCGACCGCAUAAAUGCACGUACUGCGAAAAAUCAUUCUUCGAUACGGGGCUGCUUAGGGAGCAUAUAGUGGUUCAUACGGGAGAGCGUGCACAUGUGUGCGAUAUAUGCGAGGCGUCUUUUACGCGACGGAAAGCAUUAUUGCAGCAUUUGAAGUUACACUCGGCUGUUAAACAGUACAAAUGUACGUACUGUGACAAAGCAUUUGCACAAAAGCCGGGACUAGCUUCGCACUUGAAGACACAUCGAAAUGUUAAUGCAUUGGACAAAACGGAGGAGGUGUAUGUGGACAUCUUGGAGUGUGUUUUAUAAGGCUAUCUAUAGUGUAGAAAAUUUUAAGCAAUAAAUUAAGAUAUCGAGAGUGUAAACAUAUACAUAAUCUUAUUUUAU